AUGACAAAUGGUAAUCCCGAUCCUGUUAAAACCACUGCAUCUGCUUCUAGUUCUCGCACUAUUUUUCAUGAAGACGAUUAUACUCAUCCCUGUCACCCCUUGUAUGUUCACCCUUCUGAUGUGUUGGGUACUUCUCUGGUCUCCACUCCUUUUGAUGGUACAUGCUAUGGUAGCUGGAGACGUACUGUGUUAGUCGCCUUGUCUAUUAGAAAUAAAACUGCUUUUAUAAUUGGUACUACUGGGAGACCUCCUGAUGGGUCACCCUUAGCUAGACAAUGGCAAAGGUGCAAUGAUCUUGUAAUAUCCUGGCUGGUAAACUCGUUGUCUAAGGAUAUUGCUAGGAGUGUAGAAUACUCUGAAUUUGCUAAAGAUAUAUGGAAUGAACUAGAAGAAAGAUAUGGUAAAGCUAAUGGGGCCAGGGUCUUUGAAUUAAAGAAGGAACUGGCCCAUAUCUCUCAAGGAUCUCUUGAUAUAGCCUCCUAUUUCAAUAAGAUAAAACAAUUAUGGGAUGAAAUUGCUUCCAUCUCAGCUGGUAGGGCAAGAGUUUGUACUUGUGGAGCCAAAUCAGCUGAGGAUGAGGAACAAAGAGCUUAUCAGUUCCUCAUGGGUCUUAAUGAGACUUAUGUUCAAACCAGGAGUAACAUCUUAAUGAUGAAGCCUCUUCCUUCUGUUGGGACAGUAUACAGUAUUCUUUUGUCUGAUGAAAAGCAGAGGCAGGUAUCUGCUGGGACUCAGUUUCCCUCUAAUUCUGCUUCCUUCAUUGCUGGUGUGCUGAAUCCUACACCAAAUCACAAUCUUGGUCUGUCAAAGCCUACUUACCCCUCCAAGGUUUCUUUUAAGUCUACUAGGUCUUCUGGAGUGUGCAAAUAUUGCAAAAAACCUGGUCACAGCAUUGACAGGUGCUAUAAAUUGUAUGGAUUUCCACCUAAUUUCAGACCUACAAAGAAUUUGGGGCCUAAAAGAUCAGCUGCUCAUGUUGAGCUUGACCCCAACACAAUGUCUGGUAUUCCCACUAUGGAGUGUGGUGCUGCUAUGUCUCAGUCUCAAUGUCAAUCUUCCUCUGCAGUACCUGGCCUUACCAAGGACCAAUAUUCCCAACUGAUGAUGUUACUUCAGCAGCAGACCCAAAUCACUGCUUCCCCUCCUGAUUCCAACCUCAUAGGGUCUGCCAACUUUGCUGGUAUGUUGCCCACCCAAAAGGGAGUGUCUUAUGGAGCUUGUAUGAUGAGUAGAGUAGAUGGAAUAAUUUGGAAAAUAGAUUCAGGAGCAUCUGAUCAUAUGACCUCCAAUAAAAAUUUGCUUUUCAAUAUACAAACUUUACCUGUUCCUUACCUAGUUUCUCUUCCCAAUGGCUAUAAAGUCAAAGUUACUAGUAUUGGCUCUGUAGUCUUAUUUCCUGAUCUUACUCUUCACAAUGUUAUUUAUAUUCCUAGCUUCCAAUAUAACCUCAUUAGUGUUCAUAAGUUGUUAUGUCAUGAUGUUGAUAUUGUACAGUUUACCAAGGCUGCUUGCACUCUACAGGGCCCUUCACUGAAGAAGCCAGUGGUGCUUGGUAGGCUGGACAAUGGGCUUUACAAACUCUUUCAACAAUCCAUUUCUGCUGGGCAACAGUGUUCUACUUUACUUUCUUCUUCUCUUAAUGCUUUUGGUUAUGCUUCUUGUUCUUCUUCUGCAACUAGUGAUGCAUCUCUUGUAAAUACCAUUGAUGUACCUAAUAAAGUCAACAAUGCUGAUGUUGCUUGGCACCUAUAG